UUAAAUAAAUGGAUAUAUAUAAUAUCUAAUUCAAUAUUUAAUUCCACAAGGGGAGAAAGGCCUUCUCUUUUCUGUCCCCCUUUUAAUUAUUAUGAAAGAUCGUGGUUUGUUCCAUGUUAUUGCAUUACUUUGUAGCAUAAUCUCUUAUUUAAUGUAUGAAAUAAUAAAAAGUGGUAAUCAUAUUGAAAUAAAGGAGUUAGUCAAGGCUAUGACAUGAAGAUCGCGUGGAUGUAUAGCUGUUUUGUGAGAGAUUACAGUUGUGCUAAUGUUCAAAGCUCUCAUUAGGCUUAGCAGCACGCCCCCAUUUUUAGGCCUUUUCUUAGACUCACUAAUUGCUGCAUUGUCAACUCUCUCAUUCAUUUUUCAUGUUCAUGUUCAUGUUCAUGUUGCCACUUUGGAGAUCCAUUUCAUGUGAUUUUUGGGAGUGUUUGAUCGAGAUUCGCUGGGAUUGUCUGUGAUUGCUCGUAUAGGUGUGAGAAAUCAGUCUUUGUGCUGAUAACUUAGUUGUAGAUUCAAGAAAUAGCUGAUCAGGUUCGUGUUCUGGCCUGGUGUUUAGAUCGGAUAUUGAGCUGGGAUAAUGUCUUCAUCACACGUUAAGUAUAACAAAAUGAAGAGGUUGGAAUCAAAGAAGUCUCACUCGUGGUGGUGGGAUAGCCAUGUUAGUCCCAAGAAUUCGAAAUGGCUACAAGAAAAUCUUGAUGACAUGGAUCAGAAUGUCAAAAGGAUGUUGAAACUAAUAGAAGAGGAUGCUGAUUCCUUCGCAAAGAAGGCUGAAUUGUAUUUCAAGAAGCGGCCCGAGCUGGUCGGUCUCGUUGAGGAGUUUUAUCGAAUGUACCGUGCGUUGGCUGAGCGGUAUGAUCAUGUGACGGGGGAACUCAAGAAAAACAUUCCUUCGGAUCUCCGAUCUCAAGGCUCCGGGGUAUCUGAUGUAGGAUCAGAGCCACCUUUCACAGUGCCCUCGCCUGACACAAAGCCCGCACGUACGAAAUCGGGACCUCGUGCUGCUGGAUUCGAGUUCUUUCUUGGGAGUAACGGAAGUGGCUCGGACUUGAAUAGCAAGGAAGGUGACGAAUCGUCAACACUGGAUUCUGAAUCAGAAUCGGAUGAUUCCUCCGUUAAUAAUUACUCUAGCACACAGAGCAACAGCGAGGAGGUGGGCUCGCGGAGGAGGGUUAUCGAGCUGGAAGCUGAGCUUCAUGAGGUGAAAGAGAAACUCCGCCUGCAGACGGAAGAGAUUUCCAUAGGUUCGAAGCAAUGCAGCCAUGAAUGUUCUGAAAUCAAUCUAGCCAAAUUAGCAGCGUACGAAGAGGAGUUGAGAGUUGCGAAAGAGAAUAUGGAAGAGUCGAAAGAAGAAAUAGCACGCCUGAAAAUCGAGCUUCAGAAGUACGAAUCUGUUGGAGAUUCGAACGACAUGCUUUCUAGUGGAGUCGCGGUAGAGAAAGAUUCUGAAACCCAUGAGUCGAGCAUUGUACUGGAGCAACAUCAGGCGACGGAGCUUCAAGAAAACAACGGUGGCUCAGAAGGUGAAGUGGGGUUGGAGCAUAAGAUUCGGAGACUCGAGCAGGAGCUUAGAAGCGCGGAAAAGAAGCUUCGUGAGUCCGCAGAAGAAGUAGCAAGCCUGAGGCAGGAGCUCUCGAGCAAGGGCUCAUCAGCGCAGAAUCUGCAGGAUCAGCUGAAAUUGGCACAGAAGGAGGUUGCUGUCUGGAAAAACAAAGUUGAGAGAGAGAAACGGGAUGCCUCAAGGCUGCAGGACCGCGUAGUAAGGUACAAGACGAAUCUUUCGGAACGCGAUCAAGAGAUUAGGGGAUUGAAAGAGUCGAUAGGCAACGCCAACAAGGCCUUAGCCGAAGAAAACGAGCACCUUCAAGCGGAGAUGACUAGAAUGACGAAAGAGCGCGCGUAUUUGGAGGAUAACCUCAAAGAAAUGGAUUUACGAUGCCAAUCGUUGGAAGAGGACAUGAGACGAGUGAAGUCCGCCAAAGACGAGGCGGAGGCCGUAUUCGGAGCUCGGAUCGAGCAGUUGAAGGCCGACAUUGCUGAGAGAGACGACCGCGUUGAAGAACUCAGCAGAAACCUUGACGAGUGGAAGGUGAAACACGACACGUUGGCGGCUGCGAGGGACGAACUGAGCGCCAAGAUCGCUGCGCUCGGUGCAGAGAUCAGCUCAAGAGACGAUCAUCUGCAGCAACUGCAUCUGCAGCACGUUCAGCUGAUCGUUAGCGCGGAGGAGGCACGUAAAUCAGCGGAGGAGCUGCGGUCGAGAAUCGUGGAGCUCGAGAUGGAUGUGGAGAGGAAGCAGGAGACGAUUCUUGAAGGAGCGGAGGAGAAACGGGAAGCCAUAAGGCAACUCUGCCUCUCCAUCGAGCAUUAUCGCAGCGGAUAUCACCAGCUUCGACAGGCCGUUGUCGGGCAGCAGCGGCCGACUGUGAUGGCGAGAUGAGGUGUGCGUUGAGCGACGUCGUUUGCAGGUUCCUUCCUCGGGUACGUAGCUAAAUGUGUAGAUUUGAGUGGGAUAUGUGUCAUGGUUUCUUGCUAAUGUUUGAAAAGUAUUACUGCUUUUGAUCAACGAUAUCUACCGCUUUGUAAUGCUAUUCAGUUUUUUUACUUGAGAGAAUAAACAGUUUGUUUAGAUUCAA